AUGCAUCCUCGCACAUUGGCGACAAUAGCAUCAAGCUCACGGGCCGGCUCUCCCCGAAUAUCAGAGAAUGAGGCCUCGACCAGCACAUCACAAGCAACGCAGCCGAAUGAAGCCGAUCUGGAUCCAUUCACAGUCGAAGAUGAAGAUGGCGAACGGCCACAAGUACCACCCCCUGUACAGGUCCCGGUGGAUCUUGACACGCCACCUCUUCCCACAUCUCCCCGACUGGACCCUUGGACGCCUCGUGAUAUCUCGACCAUCUCUUCAUUAGCUGGCUCGCGAGAGCUCGGGAGACCGGCGCUGGAACCAAUAACCAGAAUCUUUGCGCCCAAUUCGGCCUCAUCACAGAGUGCUAGGCAGUCUGCAUCGACCGUGAACGAGCCAGCGGUGGACGUGGACCAGCAUGGCGUCGCUGAUGUCGCUUUCCAUGCCGAACCGCAAGGGCUGAUGCAGAUGCUCAGUCUCGUCGGAAGCACGUUCUUCGACGCUGAUGGAGAGGGCUACAGAGAAGACGAUGAGGAAGAGUCGGAACAACCCAGCUAUCAGCCAGCCACGGCUUCGACCAACCUCUAUCGGCAGACGAUACUAGACGACGCCAUCGGAGAUUCUCCAACCGACGAAUCGCAGCCGCACGUAUCCGAUCACACCAAGCUGAUCUUGGAUCGCACAGCCAAGGGCCGUUUGCAGGCUCUGGCACGAGACGAUGUUUCCGACGAUGGCUCGACCCCACAAGGUAGCAGAUCACCGCUAGAUGCUUCGGUCGCCACAAUUGGGCCUAAACGUUCCAAGCGUACAUCCCUCACACACAGCGAGAUCAUCUCGUCGUCGAGAGACUCGACAGCGACAAGGACAACGAGGAGGCCGGGCAACCCUCGAUCGCACCUUCACAAUGUCGCAUCAGCAUCGAUGUUUGGAUCCACCUCCAAGCUGGCAGGAGAUGCAGACGAUGACCAGCACGGGUCUCGGUCAAUAUAUGGCAGCAGCCCACCCGACCAAGGGUCGACGGACACGCAACAGGCACGGCUCUCACAGCAGCCAAGCGUAGUGCGCUUGCCGUCCGAUGCUGGUCAGCCUAUCGAUCGCGACUCGGAUCCGCUGCUAAUACGCCCUUAUCAAACGGCAUCGCCUUCAAGGCUAGCUACAGUGGAUGUGUCGGAUUCGGCUCGCAUCCGACUGCUUCACCAGCUCAAGGAAAUUUUCCAGCUCGACACUGCAGAGACGCUGCUGCUAGCGCAGCCGUGUUGGCUGUUUCGAUCGCUGCUUCUGCAAGGACAUCUCUACCUCACCAGCAGCCAUGUCUGCUUCUACGCUUACCUGCCCUCGCGCGACGAGAAGACGGUCAAGACCGGCUUGCUCGGCAAGCGCACGCGCAGGACCCAUCGUUUCAGCAAGCACUGGGCGUCGCUCAAAGGCGGCAAGCUCAGCUGGCACGACAGCGACCGAGAUCCGUACUUUCCCCAGGGUCACAUUGACCUCCGCAAAGUGUCAGCCGUGGAGCCUUCCACGUCCCACAAGGAUCGUUUCAAGGUGACCACACCAGCACGCAGAUUCACCUUCCUUGCAGAGGAUGAGCACAGCAGGGAUGCCUGGGUGACAGCUCUGCAGAAAGAGACGUUCCGCGCUCAAAAUCAGGGCGACAGCGUCCGCAUCAGCAUCCCGCUCGAAACGGUCAUGAACGUCGAGACAACGCUCUCCGUCGAGGGCACCGAGAUGGUAUGCAUCACUGUUGUCGACGAGGCUGGCGACUUUUCGGUCGACGAGUACUACUUCUUGCACCUCACCAAACCCAGUGCCUUCAUCUCUGGUCUCACUGCGCUUCUUGAUCAGAUGGGGAGAGCUUCUGUUGCGUCGCUGCAGGGCGGCGACCAGGCCCUCAACCUUUCUAGGUUGAGCAUUCGCGACUCGACGGGCGCUACGCAUGCGACUUCAAUCUCGCGCAAGUCGCUAGAGGAGGUGCCAGUGCUCGCCAAGGUGCUCGUACCUUCUCAACCGGGCGACCAAGACGCGCGCAGAGGAGAGGCAGAGGGUACAAAGAUCUCGCAAACCGAGCCAGCCGCCAGAGCCGCUGCAGGACUCAUAUGGCGUCAAUCAGCCGAUCAAGGGGACGAGUCGACAGGGUCCGCUUCGACAGCCGCAGCUGCGGUCGCCAUACCAGUGAGUGUACGAGGAACGUCGCAAGAGGGCUCGACAGACGCUGUUCUGUCGACCACACCACGCGCCGCUGCUCUCAAGCGUCUUUCUACCGAGUCUUCGCACACCUAUCCGCCAUCGCCGUCCGCUUCAGAUCCGCCAUCAUCCUUCGACGACGUUCAGAAGGAAGCGGAAAGAGGAUGGGCGAUCCCAGAUUGGCUCAAGGCUGCUCCCGCUAGGGUCUUGGGGCGUGUGACAGACAGCACUUCGGCAGCAUCUCCGGCGAAGACGCCGUGGAAAGAUCCAGGCACUCGACGGCGCCGCAGAGUACUCGAGAAGUGGUCUGACGAGAAAGGCGACGACGUCAGCAGAGGUGAGUCGAGCAAUACCGACAACGACGAUGAUACCCUGUCGCACUCGAUGCACUCAACCCAGUCCAGUUACUCGAUACUCGACGCAGACGAUGGAGCAGCCGCAGCACCUGACCACACGAGCGUCGCCGCUGAGUUCCGUGACACUUUCGGCGUCGGAGACAAUGAAGGUCUGAUCGGUCAUACUCAUGCCUAUCUAUAUCGAGUCCUGCCCAUUGCUGGAAGGUUCUUUGUUGGCGAGCAUCACCUCGCCUUCCGCUCGUCUGGCAUCGCGGCAAAGACGGUAGGCCGGACGCUCAUGCUUGUUCCUCUGCAAGAAGUCAUCUCGGCUGCCAAGCAUGUCGCCUUCCGCCCGGGCCACCACGGGAUGGUGAUCAAUAUUAGCGGGCACGAAGAGCUGUUCAUCGAGAUCGCGUCGGCUCACCGACGAGACGAGCUGUUGUCUCUGAUCGAGUAUCAGCUCGAGCUCCUCAGAGGCGGACGAGGCAGUCGAGCGUCGCGUGAGUCAGCCACUCGCGAACGAUCUCACGCGCUCGUGCUUCGAGACUUGAGCGAACGGAUCCAUGACGGUGCUGCAGCAACAUCUCUGGCCUCGUCGGCGGAUUCGUCCAUGCUCUCACCAACCGGGUCUGCCCUCGGCGGCAAAUCAAGCAAUCUCUCACAGCUGGGAGAGGGUUCAAGCGUCCUCUCCUUCGCCCCAACCGCCCCGCUCACAUUCACGAUGCUGACGAUUGGGUCGAGAGGCGACGUCCAGCCGUACAUUGCACUCGCCAAAGGUCUCCUUGCCGACGGACAUCGAGUCAGGAUCGCAACUCACGCCGAGUUCGGAGACUGGAUCCUGGGACACGGCAUCGAGUUCAGCGAGAUUGGCGGCGAUCCCGCCGAACUCAUGCGGAUCUGUGUCGAGAAUGGCACUUUCACCGUAUCCUUCCUUCGCGAGGGCGUGACCAGAUUCCGCGACUGGCUCGACGACCUCCUAGCAUCGGCCUGGCGCGCUUGUCAAGGUUCCGACGUCAUUAUCGAAUGUCCGAGCGCCAUCGCUGGCAUUCACGUAGCCGAGGCACUUCAAGUCCCCUACUUUCGAGCGUUCACCAUGCCAUGGACACGGACCCGCGCUUACCCACACGCGUUUGCUGUACCCAACAAGAAGGCAGGCGGCAACUACAACUACAUGUCGUACGUCAUUUUUGAUCAGAUGUUCUGGCGUGCUUCUGCCUUCCAGAUCAACCGAUGGCGAAAGAAGCAGCUCGGCCUCCAGCCGACGAACUUUGACAAACUGGAACAGCACAAGGUCCCCUUCAUCUACAACUUCUCACCGAGCCUGGUACCGCGUCCACUGGAUUGGUUCGAGUGGAUCCAUGUUACCGGAUUUUGGUUCUUGGACAACCCGGACAACUCGGAGAGUAAGAAGUGGGAGCCACCUGGGGAUCUGGUUGCGUUCAUCAAAAGGGCCAGGGAUAGGCGGAGGAAGGUGGUCUACAUAGGGUGGGGGUCGAUUGUGGUGCCCGACGCGGUGGCUAUGACUAAGUGUGUUUUGCAGGCGGUGGAAAAGAGCGGUGUCUGUGCGAUCCUGUCGAAAGGUUGGUCGGACAGGCUUUCCUCUGACAGAUCCGCCGCAACUGAUCUCGGCGUCGGGGAAGAUGUCUACCAGGUGACAUCGGUUCCACACGACUGGCUGUUCCCGCAAAUUGACGCGGCGUGUCAUCACGGCGGUGCGGGAACACUGGGCGCCAGUCUGAGAGCGGGCUUGCCGACGGUAGUGAAGCCGUACUUUGGAGAUCAAUUCUUUUGGGGUCAGCAGAUCGAAAGCCUGGGAGUCGGAAGUUGCGUCAGGCACCUUACGGUCGAUACGCUGGCGCAGGCCUUGAUCAAGGCGACGAGCGACAAGAAGCAGAUCGAAAGGGCGAGGAGACUGGGCGAACAGAUCCGCGGCGAGGACGGCGUAGGCACCGCGGUCAAGGUGAUCUACAGGGAUCUGGAGUAUGCGCGCGGGCUGGUGAAGAAAGAUACCCGGAUCGAGGGGUCUGCGAAGGGUCGGAACGUUGCAGAGAGCGGCAAGGACGGUGGCCUGGAAGUGGAAAAAACGCAGGAGGAGGAUGAGGGACACACCUCGGACGAGUGGUCUGACAUCGGCGGGGGAGAAUUCAGUCCGCGUGGAAGCGAGGGCCCGAGCUCGAGUCUCAUCCUUGGAUGA